GAACAUAAAUUGAAAAGGUAGUUACGUUGUAACAAGGUGAUUGAGUGGGUCACGUGCCCCUCGCGUGGGAAAAUUGCAGACACGACAAUGGAAACGCAUUUUUAUAUUCAGAAAGAAUCAAAUUAGGAGACCCAUUGUUUUCUUCUUCUUCUUCUUCUUCUUCUUCCCAUUCUAAGUUUUUUCUCUUUUCUCUCUCGGAGGAGAGAGAGAGAGAAGAGAGAGAAACCAAACUCGCGAAAUAGAUAUUAUCAAGAUUACACCACUUCUCUCCCUCUAGGGUUUCAUUCUCAGUCUUCUUCUAUUACCGUGAGGCAAUUGCUUUCUCCAAUUUCUAUCUUUCUUCGUUUUUUUCCGAUUCCACUUUUAGGUUUCGUAGAUAUUGAGGUCAGACUAUCUUCUGCUGAUUUUGAUUCUUAUUGCUUGGUUUAAUUUAGGUUCGCAUUGUGUGUGUGUGGCUGCAUUGCUUUAGGCACAAAUUUUGAUGAGUUCUUAUGCUUUUCUUCUCUUUUCUUUACAAUGGAGUUUGGACAGUAGCGAGGAAUUUGUACUUUUUUUUUGGAAAUUCAUGGAGAAUGUCUACUUAUCCAGUUAGUUAACAUGUUGCUACUUAGCUAUAGCUUUAUUGAGAUGAAGAUUUUGUUUUCUUUCGUAAAUUCAAAACCAAAUCAGAAGAGGUGACAUUGUCUUGCCAACUUCACUCGACUCGACCCUUUUGUGUUGUAUAACGAUAUUUAUUUGUUUUGUCAUAGUUGAAUUUUCAAUUUUGUGUAGGCUCUUGCCCCAUUGUAUGUUAACUUAUGGUGCAGAGUACUUUUUUGCUUCCCAACACCAUAAUGGGUGUAGCGUUAUGACCAUAGAAGGUAAUUUUGCUGGUGUUAGCUUAACAAAUAUACGGCUUUCAAUGGUAUUCUCACUUGGAAGUGGGAGGAUGGCGGUGAUGGCUAGGCUUUUAGCAGCGGGGAGUUUUUCACGAAGUGUAGCAGCAGAGGAAGCUGGACAUCAGAAACUAGCUGCUACGUUGCUAUAUAAGGAAUUAAGAGAGGCAGAUGAGCCAAAUUUUCUUGAUGAAGAAGAUAUGCAUGUCUUUGGUUUGAAGCCCAUGUCUGAUCCUUUGCAUUUGGUAUGCUGCAAUACUUGUAAGAGACCAGUCCAGGCUAGUCAAUAUGUAGCUCAUGCAGAAUUUUGUAGAGUGGUAAGUUCUAUAGAAGAAUCCAUGUUGGAUGUUACUGGCAGUGUGGGGCAUAGAAAGGCCAUGAGAAAAGAGAAGAGAAAGCCACUCAAUGCUUAUGCUAACCAGGCUAUUUUAGUUCGGGAAGUGGAAAGGUCUAAAUCUAUCAUAGUAGGUGAUACUGUUACUGCAGAAUCUCGGUUGAAUGGGAAACCUGGGACAAAUUCUUCCUUCACUUUUGACAGAAAAAGAAAUUCAGCCUAUGGAGAUGCCGAACAUUUGAUGCAUGGUUCAGCAGUUAGUCCCGGAGAUGAUGAUAACUCAGCUGGCGUAAUGACUCGUGCACUAAAGCGUUCUAAAUUGAUGGCAGGUGAGUGGCUGCCAUUGUCUGAUGCAUCUGUUGUCUCAAAUAUAUUAAGUACUCACGAUGACUAUAACUGUGACAUCUCUCCCAAACAAACUAUUGCUGAGAGUGGAAGUCCUAAUGAUUCUAUUUUUGGAAAUAAGAAGCCUGAUCAGUUCAAUGGAUGCUGCCUGCCAAUAAAAGUUCCCCUUGCAACCAAAAUUUAUUACUCUCAAAGAAACAACCGUCUUCGCUCUGCAUUUUGUCAUCUUUACUAUGAGACAGUGGCAUCGACUGAGGAGGUUUGCAGUGGCACUGCAAACAAGAAAAUAAAUGAUAAUGUGUACCAAUCACAGACUUCAUCUCAGAAGGACGAGUCAUUGAGACAAAUAAAUACAGGGUUAAACAGCAAGGACUCACUUUCUCUGGUUUCCCCGCAAAGUCCUGACCAGUGCCUUGCACAAAGCUCAGAAAUGUGUUUGGGCUCAUCUGAAGUUUCUUUGCCUAUCUCAAUGCAGUUUCCUGUUGAUAAUGCUUCGAGAUCUCUGGUUGCUCCUGUUGGUUUAUCAAGAAGCAAAUACGUUUCAAAGCCUUUCUCAUAUCCAGGAAAUUCAGGACAACCUCUGCAAGCAGUGCAGCAGCAAAAUGGCAGCGUUCCUGUUUUAUAGGACCUCAAAUGGGGCCUUUUUUGUAUAGCUAGAGGAAGAUGUAAUUAACCAAAUACUUGAGGUUAGGUCCUAGGAACCCUUUUUGAUACCGACCAAGAAAUCCAUCAAAGCUUGUUCAUUCUGCCUUGUUUUCAUUAUAGCCGAGUACCAGCUAGUGUUUAUAGUCAUUCAAGAAUCAAAAACGAACCAAUGGCUGAUCUCAGACUGCCAUUCUUUACAUAACAUGUGACUUUUUAUUGUGACGUAACGUUAUGUAUCUUUACUUUAGAUCAGUUUAGAAUGCAUAACAUCUGUCCAGAGAGGAAGUAAAUGGGAUAUGAUAUGUGAGACCUGUGUUUUCCAA